UGCUUUCUUGUGUCUAUAUAAUUUCUUGUCUCAUUGUCUAAGUUGCAUCACAAAGUGAAACAAGAAUGACUUAGCUUGAACCACACGUUCAUCUUCCAAGAAAGAAACUUUUUUUUUCUUCCCCAAAUCCACCAGAGAAACAAGAAAAAAAAAAAAAAAAAAAACAAACUGACUUAGCUAAGAGUAUGGAAAUAGUGAAGUCGAGGUUCAAGAGGGUUUGUGUGUUCUGUGGUAGCAGCAGCGGGAACAGAGACUGCUACAAAGAUGCUGCCACUGAUCUAGCUCAAGAGCUGGUGACGAGGAGAUUGAAUCUUGUGUAUGGAGGAGGAAGCAUUGGUCUCAUGGGCUUGGUCUCACAAGCUGUUCAUGAAGCUGGAGGACAUGUACUAGGGAUCAUACCAAGGACUCUUAUGGACAAAGAGAUAACCGGAGUAACAUAUGGCGAGGUACAAGCUGUGGCGGAUAUGCAUGAAAGGAAAGCAGAAAUGGCACGCCAGUCGGAUUGUUUCAUUGCACUACCAGGUGGGUAUGGAACGCUGGAGGAGUUAUUGGAAGUAAUAACAUGGGCACAACUUGGAAUCCACGACAAGCCUGUGGGUUUGUUAAAUGUGGAUGGUUAUUACAAUUACCUCCUCACUUUCAUUGAUAAAGCCGUUGAUGAUGGCUUUAUUAAGCCAUGUCAACGUCACAUCUUUGUCUCUGCCCCUAAUGCGAAAGAGCUUGUCCAAAAACUUGAGGCAUAUGAGCCAGUGAGUGAAGGAGUCAUAGCAAAAUCUAGGUGGGAGGUGGAGAAGAGAGUGCAAGUGCAACAGCCUCAACAAGUAGUGUUCUGUUCUAACACAAGCAUGCAGACUGAGAUUGCUCUCUAGACUACUUUUGGAGGGUCUUUUGUCUAAGAAUUCGAAGUGUAGGGAUAAAAUUGUGAGAUAUAUUAAAGUUUGUUGCUUUUGUUGGGUUUCUUUUGUCCUCUUUCUUGAGACGAUCUCAUCGACCAAAUCUUCUUGAUAUAUUUAUAAUGGACGUGGUCGGUGUUUGAUGUACGUAGAUUAAAAUCCUUAAUGAUCUGGAUUAGAAAAUGGAACAUAUAUAAUUAGUGUGUAAAAUCACUAUUUCUUCUGCGUU